AUGGCUGCUGAGGGCCUCGGGCCCCGUGCCUGGCUCUGGGUCUGCGCGCUGCUCCUGCUGGGUGUGCCGCGCCCCUCGGUGCGGGCAGACGGAAAGCUCUUCGUGCUGGAGUCUCUGAAUGGCUCUCAAGGCCUGCAGCUGGAGGCAGCGCGGCUCUCCUGUAAGAGCCAGGGCGCGCACCUGGUGUCUGCAGACGAGCUGCGGAGGGUAGUCCAGGAUUGUGCCUUGGCAGUGUGUACCACGGGCUGGCUGGCGGAUGGCACUCUUGGGACAACCGUGUGUAGCAAGGGGAGUGGUGAACAGCAAAUCCUGAGAGCUGUUGAUGUGAGAAUUGACAGCAACCCGUUUCCUGGUGGCACAUACAACGCCCUUUGUAUAAAGGAUGAAGAGAAGCCGUGUGGAGACCCGCCUUCAUUCCCACACACCAUCCUGCAGGGACGCACGGGUUUGGAGAUGGGCGACGAGCUGCUAUACAUGUGUGCCCCCGGCCAUGUCACGGGCCACCGUGAAACUGCCUUCACCUUGCUGUGUAACAGCUGUGGGGAGUGGUACGGCCUGGUGCAGGCCUGCGGGAAAGAUGAGGCUGAGGCACACAUAGACUAUGAGGAUAAUUUUCCUGAUGACAGAUCUGUGUCAUUCAGGGAGCUCAUGGAGGACUCCCGGACAGAGGUGGAGGAGGACAGGGGACAGGGAGAGGCUUCUGAGGAGGCCCCAAAACAGGACCGUCUGGUCUCCAUUUCUGUGGGGGGAGAUAACACAUCCUGGGAUACAGCCAUUGUGCCGACUACAGGCUUGCCCAGUGCUGGAAGCAGUGUCCCCACAGAUCCCCCCGGAUCUUGGCUCAACCAGAAGUACUUGUUCUGGUUUCCUGCUGAGACUUUCCACAAGUCUGAGUUUGAAAAGGAGACAGAUGAUGACACCAAAAAGCAGUUUUCUGCUGGAGACAACCACAGCGGCAUCACACUAGCCCCAGGUGAGCCUGAGACCAAGGUGAUGUACAGCCACACCAACAGCCCAUCGGGGCCCUUAGUGGGCAGAAACGACAGCAAGACAGGGGACUCAAUGGUGAGCAGCAGCGACGAGUCCUGGCUAGAUGGCUACCCUGUGACCGAUGGAAUUUGGAGGAAGAUAGAAGCCGAAGAGGAGGAUGGUGAGGACAAGGGAGAUGGGUCAGUAAGACUGGAAGAAAGUACUUUGGUUACUCCCAAUCAGCCCAUUCUGGUGAAAGUGAAGAAGCCCAGGAGCACCACCCUCGCACCAAGUGAAGACAUGACCCAUGAUGCACUUCUUCCGUCUCAGACACUAGAUGUAGAAGCUUUGGCUCUCACUCCCAUGAAUGGGUCGGAAACUGAGGUCCCCAGUAAGGGGGAUGGUGACUUGACCAGCUACCAAUCAACUGUUCCUUGGAGAUUUGCCACAGACGAGUCUCCCAGGGUCACCCUGCCCUCUGAACUCACCAGCUCUACCCAGGAGACAGCAACAACUGCCCAGCAGACGCCUAACCACAUUCUCUCGACAGUCACAGCGGCCACCCACACUCCACUGGAAACCACUGUGCCUGAGGCCCAGGAUAGUUUCCCCUACCUGUUGUCUGAGGACUUCUUGGAACAGGAAGGUCCUGGUCCACGUGCGGGUGAGGAGCUUCUCCCAACCCUGGAGCCGUGCGUCGGGGACGAGUGUCCCAACCUCAGCAGAGGCCCCAUCAUCGCCACCAUCAUCACUGUCCUGUGCCUGCUGCUGCUCCUGGCGGGUGUGGGGGCCGUAUGGGGCUACCGCAGGUGCCAGCACAAGAGCUCCGUCUACAAGCUGAACGUCGGCCAGCGGCAGGCUCGGCACUACCACCAGCAGAUUGAGAUGGAGAAAGUCUAGCCACCUUCGGCGUGUGCUCUCCCAAAGCCACUUGGGAAGAAAGUAAACUGUGACACAGUAUUGAUAAACACUGAUCAUUCACUAGCGCAUGAAACAGGUGGAGGAGGACUCAUCUUUUUCUUUCUCAGGUCUUUGUUUUACAGGCUGAGAAGUGUCUCGGGAGGCAUCUGGCAGGGCAGGAAGGCCUUGGCCUCGUCACACAGGUCAGGGCCUCAGCUGGCUGCCCUGUAAUGCAUUGCACUAACCCCAGACCUGUGCUUGGGCCUUGAUUCCAGUGUGAGGUCACAAGUCGCCUCUUGCUUCACCUUCCCCCCACCCACCCUUUUUAAGAAAGAAAAUGACCAACUCUGCAACCUGAACAUUUAAAAAUAGAGGUGAUAAACUGAGCAUAUGAGAACAGUGUUAUUUAGGAUAUAGAUAUUUAACUCCUGGGAGUGGGAUAGAAAAGAAUAAUGAGUUAUUUCCUUCUAAUGUUGUGAUGUUGCUGAGGACAGAUGAGCCAAGGACAGGAUAUAGUCUAGGAGCUUUGAGGUUUCUUUUUAAUUGUUUGUUGAAAUUGAAAUUGAAGAUUGACUUUACAUUGGGGGUAUGGGAGUGAGGAGUGGCAGGACACACAUCCACCUCUGUUCCCUCCAUUCUGUGGCACAGCCCAUCGUUUUUAAAAAACAAGGUUAGCUUUGUACUGGUAAGCACCAUUUCCUCUCGGAAGCAGUGGGCUACUUGUCCUUGACCAGUCUGUGCCUAGGAAUGUCUUAGAAAUUUUGCCAGGACUAACAAAAUUCAGUUCUGGUUUCCUCUCUCAGGAUUAACCAUUUCUCUGAACUCCAUUAAGAGGGAAUGACAUGGGAGGAGAAAAAUGCUGUAAGAAAGCCAAGGACGAGGAGGUCCAGUAUGGGUACCUACUUGACCGAGAAACAGGAACUAAAAAGGAAUAUGAAAUGAUCUCUGCCAAUCUGUUCUUCACUCUAUUGUGGAAAUGGUGAGCACUAUGAAUAAGGCAUGAGUUCAGGACUCAGCCUAUUGAGCAAGCCAGUUCCUAAGAUCUAGAUCAUCAGCAAAUAUUGCUUAGGACAACGGCUCUCAAAGCUUGGGCCUCAGACCAGCAGUGUCAACAUCACCUGUGAACUUGCUGGAGAUGCACAUUCUCUAGGUCCCCGCCAGACUCACGAAGAAGCUUGGGGCUUGCUGGGCGGGGCCCAGAUGUUCGUGUUUUAACCAGCCUUCUAGGUCAUUCUUAUGCAUGCUGUGCAUCGGAACGGAAACUGUGAGCUUUGGGGCCAGCUGAAGUGCUAGAGGCACAGACAACGAGCAGCCCAGGCCAGGUGGUCUAGCAGGAAGGCAGGCAUUGCUGCAAGCACCUCUGGGGGCAUCUGAAGCUGUCAAAAAUGCCAUCCCAGUGGUCACCUAUGUAUUGGCACAAACACAAAAUACGUUAUAUUUUUCACAUUUGAAUCACCUUCUUAGAAAGUUUUUGGUGAUAAAAAUUGAUGAAGGCAAUACAUUUAUGUUGUGAGCAUAUGAGUUCCCAAGUGUUUUUGUGUGGCCCAAGAGAAAUCCCGAUCUUUAUAAGAAAAUUUGUUUCACCUAUGGAAGGAAAGAAUUUUCACAACCUGUCUUCUACCCUGCCACCUCCUUUUGGUGCAAGCUUUGGAAAAAUAACAGGCUAAAUAGUUAUGAAGGCUGUAUAGUAUCAUAAAGACCUAAGUCCCCAUAGCUAGGUAAAAUGAAGGCCUGAAGGUACCAACUGGAAUACUUGUACAUCAGAUGAAAUCUAGAAUAGGAAUGAAAUGUCUUCUGCUUGUAGCCAAAGCAAAACACAACAGAAUAAAAGCCAGAGACUGUAUAUAUUUAUAAGUGAGAUUCUUUUCUAAUCUUUUACAAGAUAACUUUUC